GUAGUACGGACAUACAAAACCUAGUUUCCAAUGAGAAUCGACAAAUAUUUCUUUUUAAAAAACACAGAUAGAAACCUUUACCGCUAGUCACCGGCACUCGGAGCUUCAAGGGGGUGAGGAUUGCGGAGGGGCAGGGUGAAAGUAGUCAAGUACUGAGAUCGUUGGUGUGCGUCUUCGAACAGAUUACUUGUGAAUCCGUGAUGUUAUUCCCCACUUGAGUAGUUGAUUUGUGAAACCUGAAGAGAACCAUCAUCAUCAACCCUUUGAAGCUUGCGAAUGAAGGUCGCGUGGAGCACUUGCCGGGAGGAUACUGGACCAAGAAGUGCCAACAAGAACCCUUGAGGUCCCGAGGGUUAGCGGAGUUUAGAUCCAAGAGAUAUUGUUGCUGCAAUUUUUGGAAUGUUUCUACAGAUCACUACUGCAUUGUGUAAGAGCGCUUCAGGGCAAUAGCCGAAGCCGACUUCCGAACGAUCAUGUCUGUAGAGCUAGGAGAGGCUGCGAUGUGGGUUUUCCUGAUCUUGAAAAUCAAGGUCGCCGAAGUUUAGUUAUUCUUGGAGGUUUUUCUUUUUGUUUUUUUUUUUUUUUUUUUUCCUCCCCUUGGUGGUGUUCUUCUUCUUAGUUUAGGGCAUACCAGGAUGCCAAUUUAUGGGUACGUAUUGGUUGCAGUGUGAGGGCGGUGAUAUUAUCGCUUGGAUACCAUGCCAUUCGCAGAAAUGAUACGGAGCAAGCAGUGAUGGCGUUCACCCACUUAGAUGCUCUGGAGCUGAAUUAGCUGAGGUUUGCACACGAGUUGCCAUCCCUGUCAUGCUCGAGGAAGAUAGUGUGUGGAGGACGGAAACGGUGCUGUAACUUGUGGGUCUGUUCGAGGGUGGAGUAAUUUUGAGGUUAGUUGGGGUAAUGGAGGCUGAGCGAAAUGCAAUAGUGUGCAUUACCGCGCCUGACGAGCUGGAUGACGGUAUGCGAGAGAAGCUGUCGGUGUCACCCAAAGCUAAGCGGGUUGCCAGCCCCAGAUGGUCCAAACACGAAACCCUUGUCAUGAUUGAAGCCAAGCGGAAACAUGAGCUUGAUAUCCAGCAGGCCAACGGUUUGAAGGGAAGGACGCAGCUGACGGAUGUGAACAAAUGGGACCUUGUUUCGGCGUCGUGCCGCGCUGUAGGGAUCGACAGAGAUGGGAAAAUGUGUCGAAAGAGAUGGUUCAAUCUGCUGACGGAGUUCAAGAAAAUAUUGGAGUGGUGCAAAACCAACGGGUUUGAGGACUUUUGGAACAUGUCGGGAGACGAAAGGAGAGAGAAGAAAUUGCCCACUGGGUUCGACCAAGAGAUUUAUCUGGCCAUGGAAAGUUUCUCCAAGUCUCCGUCUGGAAUGUUGCCGGAUGAGAGUGGGUCUCGUGGCGCAACAGAUGAUGGCAUGUUUUUGGAGAUUGAGCAGGAUGUGCAACCGGCGGAGGAUGCUCAGCAUCUGGAGAAUGGCACAAUGCCUGUGGAACUCGGCGCUGGGAAUGGACUCCGAAUACCCUCUGUUGUGCCCGAACCUCUGAUUUCUAGAGGGAUGUCACCUGAGCGGCCUCGGAAUCUGAAGAAACGGAAGCUUCCAUGUGGACCAGUUCCUGGCGAAGCAGAUCCAAAAGAUCCCUACAUUGCCAUACUAGAAAACACCAGCAAAAGCUUGCAAGCCGCCUUCACAGAAACUAUUCAAGCACAGCUGAAGGUGUACAGCCGCACUGUACAUGCUCAGAUUGAGGCUCAAAAGCAAGAGAAUGCGUUGGAGAGAGCAUUGCGCAAAGAACAGGGUGACAAGUUAAUCGGAGUUUUGACCACAUUAGUCGAUGCAUUGUCCAAAAUCGCCGACAAGUUGUAAUAGAUACCAUCUGUCAGGCGGCUCGCAUGAGCUCAUCAGAUGCUUCCAUUUUCGUUCCAUCUGUAAGAUUGGUGACGCUAUGCGAGGAUACAGGAGCCCAUCCGUUACAGCCCAAUGAGAAGAAGAUGCAUGAGCCUUUUCCAAUUAAACGUCUCAGACUCUCCUGUGGGUUGUCUGUUAGUAUACAUCGAGCACAACUUAUGGAGGACAAGGGCAAGGAUCACUUAAACAGGUUCAGAUUCUCAAUCUCAAACUCUGAUAUAUAUGUCAUAGAAGCUGCUCCAAAUCAGACAUUCACACAUGAGUGUGAUCAUUUUUCUGCUUAUUAGAUAGUGGUGUAGUGUAGGAGAGAGAGCAAGGAGUUUUUUUCCCCAUUCUGGUUGUCGAAUUGACAUCCUCAGACAUGUUGUUUCUAGGCACCCUUCGGGCAUCAUUUCUUUGUAACAUAUGGAUCAGCAUCAGCAUCAGCACCUAUAGAUUAGGAUGACUGGGGCUCGGUUUAGCUAAUAGAGUGUACAGCUAAAAUUAAGCAAAGCUGAUUUGCGCUGCUCAUGCUCUUUUGAGUUUCUUGUCACAUACGCAGUGAAGAAGAUGUUGAAACAUCUCCUAAAUGCUGCUGGCCUGAACUUCUGUCGUUGUGCAGUGUGCACAAUGAAGAUUAUAAAUGGUUUUAAAAUAUAUUUCUUAACUGGUUUA